AUGGUAGCUACGUCAACGAGGAGAAGACACAUACACUCAUCCACAACAAGACCAUCGCCUCCCGCAGACCAACCUACAUUAUCUUCAAUAACAUCAGUAAAUCAUCUUCCCACACAAAUCACAAGAGAAUCGCCCCCGAUGGUUCAGCCGGCGCCUCUAUCCGUUCUUCCUUUGUCAACGGUGCUACGUAAUUUGGCCACCACUAGCAUAUCAUCUUCGCGGGUCUUACUACCUCCUUCCUUAGCCAUCAUGAACGUCCUUGCCCAUUCCAAUCGAGCAGUCUUCAACCCAGAUAAGAAUCCUCUACUACGUUGGUUCCUCAAGAAGACAUUUUACGCCCAGUUUUGCGCCGGCGAGAACGCAGCUGAGGUUCGUCAUACCGUUGACGGCCUGAAUAAAAUCGGCUUUACCGGCGUUAUCUUGGGUUAUGCCCGUGAGAUCGUCCUCACCGAAACGCAGACACAGAACCUCUCGGCGUGUGACUCAGGUCCUGUAGCUGAUGAAUGUGUACGCAACGAAAUCGGCCCCUGGGCUACCGGCACCUUAGAAACGGUACGGCUCGCACGACCCACUGAUUUCGUGGCUUUGAAGUUCAGUGGCGCAGGACGCCAAGCACUAUACGCCCUGAAGAACCGUCUUCCACCUCCAAAAGAGUUGCGAAAGGCCAUCGAUGAGAUUUGCAACCUAGCUGCCGAGAGGGAUGUCCCGCUACUCUUCGACGCCGAGCAGACGGCGGUCCAGGCCGGCAUCGACGACUGGACUCUAGAAUAUCAACGCAAGUACAACAAAACACCCGGCCACGCCAUCAUCUACGGCACAUACCAAACCUACCUAAAAUCGACGCCCUCAACCCUCGCCUCACACCUCGCCGCUGCAUCUAAGGAAGGAUUCACAUUAGGCAUCAAACUCGUGCGCGGCGCCUACCUGGGCGCGGACCCUCGCCAUAUCAUCCACGACACCAAGGCCGACACAGACGCAGCGUACAACGGAAUCGUAGAAAGCCUCAUAUGCCGAACCUGGAACUCCGUGCUACAGACACCCAAGCCCAGCACGCCCUUCCCGCACGUCAGCAUCCUCCUCGGCUCGCACAACCUCGAGUCCGUGCGGAAGGCGCGCGCGAUCAGGGACAGUCCGUCCGCGGACCGCAACACGGAACUCGCGAUCGCGCAACUGCAGGGCAUGGCGGACGAAGUCAGCUGCGAGCUCGUGUGCGCGUCGAAGGGUUGCGAGGGGUUCGUGAAGGAGAAAGGGGAUGUGCCGAAGGCGUAUAAGUAUAUUGUCUGGGGCACCACGGGCGAGUGUAUGAAGUAUCUCCUUAGACGCGCGCAUGAGAAUCGGGAUGCGGUUGCGAGGACCAAGAGUGGACGCGAUGCUAUGUGGGCGGAGGUUAAGAGGAGGGUUGGGAGGGGGUUGGGGUUUGCUGGGUGA